GAAACAAGGUGAUUCUAAAGGGGGGCACAGCCAGUUCUGAUAACGGCAACAGUAGGAGGAGGAUGAGACAGUGGCACCGCCCCCCUUUCUCCCACAGAUAUAAAUAGGAGUAGUUUUUUUUGCUUUACUCAGUUGUCUGGAAGGAUGAGAUCCCUAAAACACCUAAAACAUCACGCCAGAAAUAACGUGGAGGACGAGAGUGGGCUCCCAGUUAGAUGUACCUCUGACCAGAUGGAUCAGCAUGUGGAAGCAGCUACGCAGACAGAGCCGGUUGUGGUGCUCUCUCUAGCCCAGGCUGCCGUGCUGGGACUCAUCUCCCAGAACGAGGUCUUCGGUGCCACUAUCGCACCCAAUGGAUUCUACAUGGGUGAGGCUAAAGAAUCUUCUCCGCCUGAGGAUGAUAUGGAAUACGAGUAUACCAACCAGCUCAUUGGUGCCAACGGCGACUAUCUGGACGAGUCUCCAGCUAAUGAGCUCCCCUGCAACAAGCGGAGGCAGCUUGGGCCUUUCAACAAAGGCAGGAGGUCAGCGGGGGAAGCAGAACCGGCUGCGGAAGCAGAGAAGCAGGUGAAAGGAGAGGGGGUGUCAUCAACGCUCCCUCCUUGUUUCCACAUGGUCAACGGUCUGAUCCCAAGAGAUGGGCUGCAGCUGGUCGGUGCUACCCCCUACAGAGUCCCUCUGAAGGAGGAGCAGUCCAAAACUUGCUGUCCCAACUGUGAGAACGGGGCAGAGAGCCAACAGACAGACACACAGCCUGAACAAGCCCCAUACGAGGAAGGAGAGAGUGAGAGGAGAAAGCUUCACGGUGGCGAGGAGGAGGACAGAGAAAGGCAUAAUAGUGAUCUUGGGGACCAUCCUCCCUCAACUAGAGGGGAGGGAAAAAGCCACAAGAUUAGCAGCUGCUCCGAGUCUAGUGAGGUGUGUUAUGAGUCCAGCGAAAUGGGCACCACAGGUGACUAUGAUGAUAACAGUCAGCCAAUCAUGUGGCCAGAACACAUGGAAAGUGAAGGGCAGCAAGGCAGGCGCAUGCAGAUGGACCGACUCGACAUAAAUGUGCAGAUUGAUGAGUCCUACUGUGUGGACGUGGGAGAGGGUCUCAAGCGCUGGAAGUGCCGCAUGUGUGAGAAGUCCUAUACAUCCAAGUACAACCUUGUCACCCACAUUUUGGGCCACAACGGCAUCAAGCCCCAUGAGUGUCUGCAUUGUGGUAAGCUCUUCAAGCAGCCCAGCCACCUGCAAACGCAUCUGCUAACGCACCAGGGCACACGGCCGCACAAGUGUACCGUCUGUAAGAAGGCCUUUACGCAGACCAGCCACCUGAAGCGGCACAUGCUGCAGCACACAGAUGUGAAGCCCUACAGCUGUCGAUUCUGCGGGCGGGGUUUCGCGUACCCCAGCGAGCUGCGGGCUCACGAGACCAAGCACGAGAGUGGCCGGUGCCACGUAUGCACGCAGUGUGGGAUGGAGUUCCCCAGCUAUGCCCACCUUAGGAGACACCAAGCCAGCCAUCAGGGUCCUACCUCGUACCAGUGCUCAGAGUGCAACAAGUCCUUUGCCUACCGCAGCCAGCUGCAGAACCACCUCAUGAAGCACCAAAACGUCCGACCUUUUGUCUGCUCGGAAUGUGGUAUGGAGUUUGUCCAGAUCCACCACCUAAAGCAGCAUGCCCUCACUCACAAGGUGAUGAAAGGAUUCCGCUGUGACGUAUGUUCGCGGGAGUUCACCUUGUCCGCUAACCUGAAGAGGCACAAACUGAUCCAUGCCAGCAUACGGCCAUACCAGUGUCACAUCUGUUUCAAGACCUUCGUCCAAAAGCAGACCCUCAAGACCCACAUGAUUGUCCACCUUCCCGUAAAGCCCUUCAAAUGCAAGGUGUGCGGAAAGUCCUUCAACCGAAUGUACAACCUCCUGGGACACAUGCAUCUUCAUGCAGGGAGCAAGCCCUUCAAGUGUCCCUACUGUUCCAGCAAAUUUAACCUCAAGGGUAACCUCAGCAGACACAUGAAGGUCAAGCAUGGUGUCAUGGACAUCUCUCCAGAGAGCCAAGAUUUCCUCAGUGUCUCACCCACCUUGUAGCUUCCACAUUUUGUAUAUUUAAAGUAAGCAAAUUACAGGCAAACAUAUGCAGUGCAGUGAAGACAGACAGAUGAUAUAAGAAGGAGGGGGCAACAGAAAGUGUGCUCUUCAGUUAAGGGAUAUGCCAGAUAUGGCCUUGAUCCAAGCCUGCAGUCUGUGCACCUGUGUUUCACUCUUCAGACACACCACUCCAGUGCAGAUGGACUGGACUACGAGGACAACUAUGACUGGAGGAAGGAACAGUGGGAGGGGAGGCCAUGAAAGUAAUUAGACUGAUGCAACUUUGGAAAGGAUGCAAAUCAAUACCACAGGGUGGUUGAAGUAAAACAACUAAAUGAAUCAUUCCUCUACAAGCAAUGCUACAUUAAAAAAAAAAAAAAAAACUGGCUGGUGCACACAGUGGGUCUUCUAGACCCCCCUGAUGUGCCAAAACUGAACUGUUUUCAUAAGAGCCCUGCUGAGAAACAUCAUGGAAAGUCAACUUAAGCUUUGCUGCGUUUGCCUGGACCUUACCUUGAGAAAGGUAUCGUUAAAGGGGAAUAUGGUUGGUUCUAUAACCUGGAUCAUGUACUUACAUCCAUAAUGGAGAGAUUGAUUUUUA